AUGGGCAGUCUCCAACUGAGCUCUUGUGGUUCAUCUUUUUGCUCCCUCCCAUUCAACUUGAUAAAUUCCACCAUUGCCAACUCCCAUUCAACUCUCAGACCCUCUAAGCCUCUCAGCUUCCUCUCCAGAGGAAAAAUUAGAGCAGUUAGCACAUCCCAAGAGAACCCAUCUGGAGCCAUUGACCCAGAGCAACCCCCUUUGGUUGAUUUUGCAUUUGUUAGUUCUGUGUUACUUCCUGAUCAAACACCAGAUGUGCAUCUUCGUCAAGCUUGUGGAGGGCAGAAGCUUAGGAAUAUAAUGUUGGAUUCAAAUAUUGAUUUGUAUGGACCCUAUGCCAGGACUCUGCUCAAUUGUGGGGGAGUAGGAACCUGCGGGACAUGUAUGGUUGAGGUUGUUCAAGGAAAAGAGCUGUUAAACCCUCGAACAGGAAAAGAGAAGGAACACCUUAAAAAGAAACCGAAAAAUUGGAGACUUGCUUGCCAAACCACAGUUGGGAAACCUGAUUCUAGAGGACUGGUUGUUGUCCAACAACUGCCAGAAUGGAAAGCACAUGAAUGGCGUUAUGAGGAAAUCCUAGUAGACCCUUCACAACCAUCAUAA